UAUUGUCUUCAGUUUCUCUUCAGGCACCCACACACACACACACACACUCCUGAAACAUGACACGUACUUUGACUCUGGCUUCUCACCUGUAGAUCAUCGUCACUAUCAGCUUUGAGAAGAUACCUGGAAUGGAAUCGUGUUUAUAUCUUGUUAAUUAACGUGUCAAACACCCAGUUGUGAAGGCGGUGUUGUUUGUGUUUUCUGGCCACGACAGAGACCUGCUGAUCGGCUCUGCUCACCGCGCCGCCGCUCCCGCCCCAGUUCCGGGUCUGAACCACAGGUUGUGUGUGUAUAGAAUUAUUUAUUUUUGGGAUACUGUCCAUGGAAGUAUGAACGACGAGGUGGAGUUGAAGACUGUAGUCAGUGACAACAAUAAUGUCUCGACUGACCAAGGGGCUGAGCAGGUUCCAGGAAAUGGCAUACAAGAAGCGUCCCAUCUUUUGUCAAGAGCACAGGGUUUGGAGAAUAAUGUAGAAGCGCAUGAACUGGAUGGAGUCCAUGUUGAUCAUAAUGACUCUUCAACUGAAACCUCAAAGUGUCGUCGGGAGCUGCAGAGCCUGAAGGAAGACCUCAAUGAGGUGGUGGUGUGGAAACUCAGAGUAUGGAUGGUGAUACUUCUCGUCGUCACCGCCAUAAUUAUGGUUAUUGCGAUCUCAAUCGUUGUGUGUGCAGUGGAGGACGACGUGGAUGAGAAAUAUGACAGAUCCUCCUUUGUGGUGCAGCGGCUCUUCAGAGGGAACUUUACUCUGGAGAGCAGCAGCAGUUCAGCUUCAGACCCUCUGGACCAACAGACACUGAUGGAGCAGCUGAAACGGGAGGUCACCACCGUCUACAUUUCUUCUGCUGCUCUGGAACGCUACUUCAGCAAUGUGACCAUCAGCAGUUUCCAGGACUCCACAGCCCAGUUUGAGCUGCAGUUCAUGAUGCCGCCAGAAAAUGAGCAGCUGGUUCGAUAUACUCUGAGUGUAAAGAUGGUGAGGAAUGUGCUCCUGCAACACUUUUAUGAUCAGGACAGCGGAGAACAGCUCAGUGUCAUCCCAACAUCACUCAGAAUGGAAGCUUUUUAAGCAGAACCUGAACUCCAGGAUCCUGAACAAAUGGAAGUGUGAAGUUAAACCACUGGAACCCGAACCUAAAAUGAAAACAAUCGACACAUCACAUGUUCAUUUAAGCAUCUUUCCCUCUCUGACAAUGAUCUGUUAAUAUUCUUAUUAAAAUAAUUAGUAAUAAUAAUUGUAAGUAUAUCAGCUAUACAUCCAUACUUGUUCAAAAUAAUUGUUUUAUUAAGUCAGCUAUGUUUUUGUAUUAUUAUUAUUAUUAUUAUUAUUAUUAUUAUUAUUAACAGCAGAUGGAUGUGGUGCACUGUUUAAUGAUGUUCUCUUCUGUGGAUCUGUUUUCCUAUUGAAUGAACUAAUAUUUUAGUCAGGUAAUUAUUUUUUAAACAUUUUUGUAUGUAAGAUUUUUAAAAGUUUUAUAAUAAAAGUAUACACAUGCAUAAA